ACGGACAAUGCCUCCCCUCCAAACACCCAACCAACGUACACGGUAAACUUCAAACCCAGCCGGUCCAACCCGCAAUCAUCCGGUUCAACUAUUUCUUACAUACAUAGCGAUCUAGACGUUCCCUCUUUUUUUUCUCCUUCAUGUUUCUCUCUCUUCAAUCAUCACCGUUAUCAUCGCCGGUUUGCACGAGCCUUAUCUCCGACCACCGUCUCGGACGAUACAGAAACUAAUCGUCGAUAUUUAGGCUAAUUGAUGCCAAAUUCUUGUGAAUUGAUUGGAUUUUGAAUACGGGGAAUAGAGGUGUGGACUAGAGGAUAAUGUGUAUACUGUGCGUGAUUCAAAAGUUGUCUCGAAGGGUUGCAACCAUGCUUCCAUGGUUAGUAAUUCCACUGAUUGGACUAUGGGCUUUGUCUCAACUAUUACCACCGGCUUUUAGGUUUGAGAUCACUUCACCGAGGUUGGCUUGCGUUUUUGUGCUGUUGGUUACGUUGUUUUGGUAUGAGAUUUUGAUGCCACAAUUGUCAGCUUGGCGGGUUAGAAGAAAUGCUCGAUUGAGGGAGAGGAAGAGGUUUGAGGCAAUUGAAAUGCAGAAGUUGAGGAAAACGGCAACACGAAGGUGCCGGAAUUGUUUGACUCCAUAUCGGGAUCAGAGUCCAGGCGGGGGGAAGUUUAUGUGUGCAUAUUGUGGGCAUAUUUCAAAGCGCCCGGUUUUGGACUUGCCUGUGCCGUCAGGUUUGGGUUUAUCCCAUUCUGGGAUUUUGAAGGAUUUGGUGGGUAAAGGUGGGAAGUUAUUGAAUGGGAAGGCUUUGUCUGAUAAUGGUUGGAUGUGCGGGCAAGAUUGGUUAGAGAAUGGGAAUUGGGUGGGUAGGUCUUCUGCUGGGAAGACUAGUUAUUGGCAGAAGAAUGGGGGCGUCUUUUUCGGUGGGGAUGAUCAUUGUUUAACUGAAAAAUCAUAUUCUCGUGUUGUUACUUUUGGUUGCAAUGUGUUGGCGGCUUUUUUUCUGGGCAUUAGGUGGUUUUGGGGGAAGAUUUUUAGGAUUAGUUUGUCAAGAGAUGACGGUUUGACAGAUGCCGAGCACAAAGGAAUGCUGGACAAGCAAGGUGAGAAUGGGGCAGGUUAUCAUGUGAGUAGAACCGAGAAAGCUCGCAGAAAAGCUGAAGAGAAGAGGCAGGCUAGGUUAGAGAAAGAGCUAUUGGAGGAAGAGGAGAGAAAGCAGAGGGAGGAGGUUGCGAGGUUGGUGGAAGAGCGUAGGAGACUGAGGGAUGAAAAGAUGGAGGCCGAGAAAGAACGCGGCAAAGGGUCUCCUACUGUUGGGGAAAAGUAUUGUAAAAAGGAAGCGGAAAAGAAGCAUCAAGACAGAAAAAAGGAAAGGGACAGGGGAUCUAGUAAAAGCAAUUUGGAUGCAGAGGAACUGGAAAGGAAAGCAAGCAUGGAAAGUGAGCGGAACAGGCAGAGUGGGGCAGAAAGUGUUAAGUCUCAUGGCACAGAAUUAGGGCAUAUGGUUAGGGAUGCUGCCACAAACAGUCAUAACCAUGGCAAUGCUGGAACUAGAUACCUGGAUCGCAUGAGGGGUACCUUUUUGUCUUCUUCCAGAGCAUUUACUGGAAGUGGUUUCUUUGAGAAAAGUGCGAAUACUUUAGCUACUGUUUCAAGAGAACACAGAUCUAAUGGUUCCAUAGAUCAUGUCCAAAUUUCUGCCAUUAGGAGAGAAUUAUCUCAGCUUGAGUGUGUAUCUGGGAAAUUGCAGCCUGCUGAAAAGAACAUCAACCGUCCUGUGCUCAUCAAACCUCAAAUGUGUACAGCCCCCAAAAAAUCAUGGCAUCAAUUAUUUACUCGUUCAUCAACAGUAACUCAACCCGCUAGUUCAAAUGUCAUAAGUAGACCAAAUGGGAAGCUCCAGGCGGAUGUUCAGAGCCCCCCCUUUCCUGGUCACCCACCAUUGACACAAGCAUAUGACAGCCCUCUUAAUUUUGGACUGUCGUCACCACUUAUUUUGUCCUCUUUUCCAUAUGGUUCAACAAGUAAUGUUUCAAGUCUUCCAUUAGCAUCUGAAUCCAUGUCUCCUAGAAUUGGAGAAACGACCCAUCAAUUUUUACCAGAAGAGUCAGAAAUUUUUGAAGAUCCAUGUUAUGUUCCCGACCCAGUAUCAUUGCUUGGGCCUGUUUCAGAGUCACUUAAUAAUUUCCAGCUAGACCUUGGGUUUGUACCUGACACAGGGUUGGAAAAGCCUCAUGCUUUAAAGAAUAUACCUGCUUCUUCUGAAGUCAAGAGGCCAUCACCAAUUGAGUCUCCAAUGUCACGAUUGCGGGUCCCUGAGGAAAGGCAUUCUAGUUCUUUUCUUUUCCCAAGUACUUCUAAGGCUCAGUAUAUGCACAAUUUGCCGAUGGGUGAUUCACAAAAUGCAAAUGAGAAAGGAGUGUGGCAGAUGUGGAAUAGUUCUCCUCUUGGUCAAGAUGCUCUUGGUUUGGUAGAUGGCCUAGCAAGCUGGAUUCUACCUCCAGAAAUGAAUAGAUUAAAUAAGGAAGAUACUGUGCAUCCCAUACCUCAGAAAACUAUGGCUUCGCUGUUUAAAAACGAUGAUCAUGUGCUUUGUGGCACUCAUUCUCCGAAGCAGGUUGGUAUUGACACUAACCCAAAUGGGGGAAUAUUUAGUAAUGUGCCUAAUCCUACUGGAGAUACAUGGUUGCCAAAAUCUUCAUUGGGGCUGAUGUCAGGCAGCGAAACCCAUUUCUCUCUUAGCCCUCAAGAAGAAACUGCUCAGAAUGAAAUGAUUUAUGGAAGUCCCAAUGGAUCUGCAACUAACUGUCCAUUUGAGUUGUCUCCAUCAGAUUCUUGGGCCAGGAAGGACUGGACAGGGAAGGGUUCAGGGGAAGGCGUCGGAAAUUCAUCAAUCACAAGGCCCCCUGUUGGCGGGCUAUAUUCGACCCCAGAUGUACAGUCACUUUGGUCAUAUGAUUGAAAAAAGGAAAUAGAAUAAUGAGGGACUUAAAUAUAUCUCCUGUACUCGAGGGGAAAAUAGCCUCUUUCAGAGGGGAGUUUAGAAAACUGAAUGCAUUUUAUCUUCCUUCUCUUCUUUAUGGGCGAGACUACUUCCAUUAGCAUGAUAGCAAUAUAUGUGGCAUGCAUGCGCUAGUCACUCAAGCUAACAGAUCCGUGUUAACAAGCUUUAGAUUUCUUUUGUUACUGGUCUCCCGAGGAGAGGGGGGUCCCUCUAAUGGAAAAUUGAUCGUGGCAGAAUAAGCUAAUUUUCCUCUUAGCUGCGCAUUUUUAUGGUUUAUUAUGGACAGAAGCCUAUUUGAGAUCAUUGAAAG